ACGCAGCCCGAAAGGGCUCCCUCUAACCAAAUUCUUUCCAUCCAGAGUCCGGCGACCGUUCAGAGCGGUUCGCUCUGGCGGAACCCAUGUUUCGGAGGCACGCUGGCGGGCACUUAUCGAGUAGGGGACUACAAUGUGGACUACUCUGGCCAGGAGUCGCAUUCGGGCGAGCAGGGCCAGCAUCAGCACGCAUAUGACUCGUCCGCCCAUCAACGCUCCCGUCAUCAGCAACACCGAGGCUCGAUCCAUCACUCGGGAGCACCGGCCGCGGGUCUUCAUGAAGCUGCAGAUCCGCACCAAGGCAACCCGCACGCCCAGCCGCACCCGGCCAUGGCCCAGCACCACCAGCAUACGCAGCCUCAGAUGGUGAUGGACCCGUCGCAGCUGGGCCAUCACCGGAUGGGACCGGCGCACUUUGGGGCUCCGGGACAGGUGGUGGCGCCGCUGUACCAGGCCAUGUCGACCCCGACUCAACCAACGCACUCGCGGCAUCCCGGGGCCGGCUCCAAGCGGCCACGCCCAAGCGACCUCGACCUCUCCGUCGCGGGACUGUCUGACUUGGACCACGCGGAUCUACAGAGCAUGCAGCACACUCCUCUGGGAGCCGCCUACGCCCAAGCCGCUGCGGCUGCCGUGAACCAACCCCAGUCGGCGCCCACGCACCAUCACCAUCAUCUUCCCGAGUCAGGACCACCGUCAAAGAUGAUGCGCCGUGAUGACGGAGGCGGAGGCGCACCGAGCGUGGUGGGCCAGGCUGGGAUGCCCUCUCCAGCGCCUCGGCCGCGAGGGCCCAAGCUGAAGUUCACCCCGGAGGAUGACCAGCUCCUAAUCGAUCUAAAGGAGCACAAGAACUUGACUUGGAAGCAAAUAGCGGAUUUCUUCCCGGGACGGUCUUCAGGGACACUGCAGGUGCGAUACUGCACCAAGUUAAAGGCGAAGACUACGCACUGGACUGAAGAGACGGACCAGAAACUCCGCAACGCCCUCCAAGACUACGAAAACGAAAAGUGGCGGAUCGUGGCCAACAAAGUCGGCACCGGCUUCACUCCCGCAGCGUGCCGGGACCGGGCUGACCAAAUGGCCAGUGGGGAUCUUACGACUAUGUCACAAUCAAUGUCCCCUGUUGCUGUCUCGGCGGCUGAAUCUGGGGAUGUGGUUUACCCGCAACAACUACAGUGA